CUGGCCGACCGACACUUUGAGGAAGGGGCUUGAGGAGGCGGAGGAGAACCUGUGGAGCGUUUUUUUUUUUGGCAUUGGAGGAGGACGAAGGGUGCUUGAGAUUUUGUUACUCUUCGUGGUCAUCGGCAUCUUCAGAGGCUGGAACCUUGAAGGAACAUCUGCCGAGGUCUUUGGAGUUGUUUUCCUUUUUAUUUGGCAAGGAACUCCGCACGGGAUCGAAGAGGAUUUGGGACCUCGGACUGACGGCAGAGAGAUCAUGGGUCUGCUUCGCCUUUGGACCGCGGGGCUUAUGCUCGCCCUGGCUUGGCGCACGUCUGAGGAGUCGGGCCUGGACGACAUCGUGAAGAAGGAGAGCCGUCCAGUCCUGUCCAGGGUGAAGAGGGAAUGGAUCUGGAACUCUCUCUACGUGGAGGAGGAGAAACCGGCACCCAGGCCUUACAAGAUCGGACAGCUCAAGUCCAGUCAGCGAGUGGAGGUGAAGAGGUUCAAAAUCGAGGGAGAAGGCGCCGACAACAUCUUCACGGUGGACCAGAAAGGCGACCUGUUCGUCAGCAAGUCUUUGGACCGGGAGGAGAAGAGCUCGUACCAUUUGACCGCCAGGAUGUACGACGGCAACAACAGGCUCAUCGAAGACUCGGGAGACUUCGUGGUCCAGGUGACGGACAUCAACGACAACAGCCCCGUGUUCCCCAGAACUUACAAUGGAUCCAUCAUGGAGCGGUCCACCAUAGGAACCAAAGUGAUCGAGGUGAGGGCGACCGACGCCGACGACCCCACCACCGCCAACGGCGAGCUGCGCUACUCUCUGACGCCAGAUGGCGACCUCGCCGCCUUUGAAAUCGACAGCGUCACAGGUAUGGUCAGCUGCAAGACCACCGCUCUGGACCGCGAGACCAAGAGCCAGUACGUGGUGGUGGUGCGGGCUCAGGACAUGAGGGGAAUGGCCUCCGGCAGCACAUCCACCACAUCCAUCACCAUCACCAUCGGCGACACCAACGACAACAUCGCCUCCUUCACCAGACGCACCUACGAUCUGCAGGUCCCGGAGGACCACAAGUUGAACGAGAAGAUGGGGACUCUGGAGCUGGAGGACCGGGAUCAGAUUCAAAACAAGGAGCCCAUCUUCACGCUGCCCAACGACAACAAAGUGUUCUACGUGGACAUCAACCUCAACAAGGACGGCAACCUCAUGCUGCGUCAGGCCUUGGACUACGAGACCCGGAACAGUUACUCAUUUAGCGUGCAGGUGCGGGAAAACCUGCGAAACCUGCGCUACCCCGCUGACAACGUGGCCACGGCCGUCACCACAGCCCAGGUGAACGUCAGGGUGUUGGAUGUGGACGAGCCGCCCGUCUUUUCGCAGUCGGUCUACACAUUCAACGUGUUGGAGGAGCGACUGGUGAACAAAGUCGGCACGAUCAGCGCCAAGGAUCCCGAUAAAGCCAACAGGAGCAUCCGAUACGCCAUCCUGGACAAGGACUGUCCGCUCGCUAUCAACCCAAUCACAGGGCAGCUGUCCACCCUGAGGACUCUGGACCGUGAGCUGCAGGCCACACACAUGUUCCAAGUUAAAGCCCAAGAGGAGCCAAGCGGGUUGGAGUCGUUCGUCAGAGUGAAGAUCGUGGUGGACGACGUCAACGAUAACAAGCCCGAACUGGCCGUGGACGAGAUCUUUGUCUGCGAGAACGACGCCGCAAAGACCGUGAUCGGAACGCUGCGAGCCACGGACAAAGACGACCAGCCGGCCUCCUUCACCUUCUCUCUGGCAAGUCCCAGCUCCAACUUCUCCAUCAGAGACUUCGGCAACAACACAGCGGACGUUCUGGUGGAACAAGGCUCCUUCAACCUGGACGACCCCAGAGACUACAGUGUGGACGUUAGUAUCAGCGACGGAGGACGCCCCGUCCAGACUAGCACCACCAAACUGGCCAUCAAGGCGUGUCGCUGCGAUGCCAGGCGGAUUCCGACGCAAUGCAAGGCCGUGGCUCAGAAGAUGGGAGUAAGCGUCCACGUGCUGAUCGCCAUUCUUCUCUGCAUCCUCACCAUCUUGGUGAUCGUGAUUCUGUUCGUGAUGAAGAAGCGCUUCCACAAGGACUCGCUGGCCAGCAUGAAGAACAGUGGCGAGAUUCAUGAACAGCUGGUCACAUACGACGAGGAGGGCGGCGGCGAGAUGGACACCAACGGCUACGACGUCUCCAUCCUGACGUCGGCGUUCCACGACGGCUCCCUUCUCCGCCACCCGGACCGCCACCCCCACCCGUCCCUCUACGCCAUGGUCCAGAAGACGCAGCCGCCGCACCACGGCCAGCCCGCCGCCUGCAAGGGUGACAUGGCGGCCAUGAUCGAGGCGAAGAAGGACGAGGCGGACCACGACCGGGACGGCAUCCCGUACGACACGCUGCACAUCUACGGCUACGAGGGGCCCGAGUCCGUGGCGGGCAGCCUCAGCUCUCUGGGGAACUCCUCCAGCGGCUCGGACUCGGACUACGACUUCCUGAGCGACUGGGGGCCCAGGUUCAGGACCCUGGCCGAGCUGUACGGCGUGGACGAGUCUGACUACUACCACUAAAAGUCUUCUGGGGAACGUUCCGGAAUACUAAACAGCCAUAAACACACACAAACACACACACGUAAAAAACCAACAACACAUCUGACAAUGUCAGUUAUGUUUCUGAAGAAACUUUUGGAGUCCGAGAAACUCCAUCAAGACAAAGCUCUGUCUCGUCCAAUCAGAUAUAAGGAUGUCACAGGAAGGGGAGGGGCUUCCUCUUUUCAUUAAGCUUGCCUGGAAAGUGGUGGCCAAUAUUUUUCGUAUUCUGUGUUCAUUCACACGUUCAUGCAUAAUCCUCGGAGUAAGAAGUGCAGGCUUCGCUACACAUCUUUAAAUUCCAAUAUAACAUAGUGGGACUUAAAUUGAGGAAAAAUACUACAAGAUGGGACCUUCAAAGGUUGCGUAAAACAGUGGUAAUUUUCACAUUUGCGGACAGGAUUCGAUUUUUAUCGUAGAAAUGAGAAUAUGAGUGCAAAUGCCUUCCCCUCACCUUCAGUGCGGUGUUGAUCUUAACCUUUUUGACCUCGGGAGCCCAACUUUUCCACUAUAGAGGGGGCCGGGGGCCCUGUCAAACAUCAACACUGAGUCAGAUUUAAUCAUAUUUAAUAAUUAUAGCUAACCUAUUUACAGUUUAACGGGAUAAAGCCUGUCUAAUAAUAUAAAAAUGUGUUAUUCACAAAGAUUUUUAUCAUAAAAACUGGUAAAACGUACUUACUUUCUUUGAGAACAUUCCCAAAUACUUAACAUCGAUUCUUGAAAACUAUGAACCGAUUCUGAAUCGAAAUGAAUAAAAAUCGCGAUCAUAUACGAAACGAUUUUUUUCUCGACUAUUUUAGUCCUUAUGUUCCUUGAAGUGCUACCACUUUCUUGGAGAACAUUCCGGAAUAUUAAACGGGUAUUGGAAAUAUUAGAGAUGUUAAUCUCCCAACGACUCACAGUUCAAUCCGAUUCUGAUUCUUGGGUCGAGGAUUUGAUUCAGAAUCUAGUCUUGGUGCAACCCGAUUCUUCGUGCAUGAAUUAAAAUACAAACAGGUUACAAAAACACGGAUUUAGCAUGAAAAAAGUUAUUUUUAAAAAUCGAUUUUUGAAAACUAUGAAACGAUUCUGAAUCAAAACGACUAAAAAUCGAGGUCAAAUUAUGAAUCGAUUUUUUUCUUGACUGUUUUAGUUCAUAUAUUCCUUCAAGAGCUAUCGAUUUCUUUGAGAACAUUCCCGAAUAUAAACAGAUAAUGGAAAUAGUAGCGAUGUUAAUCUCCCAACGACUCACAGUUUAAUCCGAUUCUGAUUCCCGAGGUGAGGAUUUGAUUCAGAAUCUAUUCUUAGUGCAACCCGAUUCUUUGUGCAUGAAUUAUAAUACAAACCGGUUACAAAAACACGGAUUUAGCCUAAAAAAAAGUAAUUUGAAAAAUCGAUUCUUGAGAACAGCGAAUCGAUUCUGAAUCGAAAUUAAUAAAAAUGGCGGUCGUAUGUUAAUCAACUCUUUUAUUCCAUAUAUUCCUUGAAGUGCUAUCAUCUUCUUCGGGAACAUUCGGGAAUAUUAAACGGGUAUUGGAAAUAUUACAGAUGUCAAACUCCCAAUGACUCACAAUUCAAUCUGAUUCUGAUUCUCGGGUUGAAGAUUUGAUUCAGAAUCCAUUCUUAGUGCAACCCGAUUCUUUGUGCAUGAAUUAAAAUACAAACAGGUUACAAAAACAUGGAUUUAGCCUGAAAAAAACGUGUUUUUAAAAAUCGAUUUUUGAAAACCAUGAUUCGAAUCUUAAUAAAAAUAAAUAAGAAUCGCCAUCAUACAUGAAUCGAUUUUUUUUUUCUAACUAUUUUAGUCCAUAUAUUCCUUCCAGGGCUAUCAGUUUCUUUGAGUACAUUCCCGAAUAUAAACAGAUAAUGGAAAUAUUAGCAAUGUUAAUCUCCCAACGACUCACAGUUCAAUCCGAUUCUGAUUCUCUGGUUGAGGAUUUGAUUCAGAAUCCACUCUUAGUGCAACCCGAUUCUUUGUGCAUGAAUUAAAAUACAAACAGGUUACAAAAACACGGAUUUAGCCUGAAAAAAAUUAUUUUUAAAAACCGAUUCUUGAAAACUAUGAAUCGAUUCUGAAUCGAAACGACUAAAAAUCGCGGUCAAAUUAUGAAUAGAUUUUUUUCCAGACUAUUUUAGUUCAUAUAUUCCUUCAAGAGCUAUCACUUUCUUUGAGAACAUUCCCGAAUAAAAACAGAUAAUGGAAAUAUUAGCGAUGUUAAUCUCCCAACGACUCACAGUUUAACCCGAUUUUGAUUCUCGGGGUGAGGAUUUGCUUCAGAAUCCAUUCUUAGUGCAACCCGAUCCUUUGUGCAUGAAUUAUAAUACAAACCGGUUACAAAAACACGGAUUUAGCCUAAAAAAAAACUAAUUUGAAAAAUCGAUUCUUGAAAACAGCGAAUCGAUUCUGAAUCAAAAUUAAUAAAAUUUGCGGUCGUAUGUUAAUCGACUCUUUUAUUGCAUAUAUUCCUUGAAGUCCUAUCAUCUUCUUCGGGAACAUUCGGGAAUAUUAAACGGGUAUUGGAAAUAUUACAGAUGUCAAACUCCCAAUGACUCACAAUUCAAUCUGAUUCUGAUUCUCGGGUUGAGGAUUUGAUUCAGAAUCCAUUCUUAGUGCAACCCGAUUCUUUGUGCAUGAAUUAUAAUACAAACCCGUUACAAAAACAUGGAUUUAGCCUGAAAAAAACGUAUUUUUAGAAAUCGAUUCUUGAAAACUAUGAAUCGAUUCUGAAUCAAAACGACAAAAAAUCGCGGUCAAAUUAUGAAUCGAUUUUUUUCCUGACUAUUUUAGUUCCUAUAUUCCUUCAAGAGCUAUCACUUUCUUUGAGAACAUUCCCGAAUAUAAACCGAUAAUGGAAAUAUUAGCAAUGUUAAUCUCCCAACGACUCACAGUUCAAUCUGAUUCUGAUUUUCGGGUUGAGGAUUUGAUUCAGAAUCUAUUCUUGGUGCAACCCGAUUCUUUGUGCAUGAAUUAUAAUACAAAGCGGUUACAAAAACACGGACGUAGCCCCGCCAAAAAACAAAUUUUUAAAAAUCAAUUCUUGAAAACUAUGAUUCGAAUCUUAAUCAAAAUAAAUAAAAAUCGCUAUCGUACAUUAAUCGAUUUUUUUUCCGGACUAUUUUAGUCCAUAUAUUCCUUCAAGGGCUAUCAGUUUCUUUGAGAACAUUCCCGAAUAUAAACAGAUAUUGUAAAUAUUACGAAUGUUAAACUCCCAACGAAUCACAAUUCAAUCCGAUUCUGAUUCUCGGGGUGAGGAUUUGAUUCAGAAUCUAUUCUUGGUGCAACCCGAUGCUUUGUGCAUGAAUUAUAAUACAAACCGGUCAUAAAAACACGGAUUUAGCCCCAAAAAAAGUAUUUUUAAAAAUAGAUUCUUGAAAUGAAUUGAUUUUGAAUCGUAAAAAAAAUCGUAUGUGAAUCGAUUUUUUUUUCUGGUCUCCCCAUGUACUUUAGGUCUUGAGAACUGUACUAUUUUAUUCCAUCUAUUUCUUGAAGUUUUACAAGUUUCUUUGGCCGAAGGAGCACAACAACAAGCCAUCAGGCACAGCAUGGAAGUCAAUUUACUCUCAAUCUUUUCUCCGAGAAGCCAAGCAGUGAAAGACGAGUCACUUUCCAAGCGAGACAUUCCGUCCAUUUUGCCACUUUAUCCGCGGCCGAGGAGAGUGAGAAAAA